AUAAAAUAAAAUAACAAUAUAAAUGAAUAAAAACUAUAUUGACAUUUAAAAGCAAUUACAAAUGUGAAUAGUGACUAUAAUAAUAUCUCGAUAAUAUUUGGACAAUAACUGUAAUUCAUAAAUAAAUAGUUGAUGUUAAAGGGACAGUUCACUCAAAAUGACAAAACAUCAUUUACUCAUCCUCUACUUGUUCCAAAACUGUUUGAGUUUCUUUCUUCAGAACAUAUUUUGAAGAUGGUUGGUAAUCAGACAGUUGACAGUAGCCAUAGUUUUUUACAACAGCUUGAGGGAGAAUAAAUAAUGACAGAAUUGUCAUUUUUAGGUGAACUGUCCCUUUAAUGUUGAGUUGUUUUGUGUGCCUGUCAUGGUGUUGAUUCUAAACGUGCCUGAAAGACAUCAGACUCGUUCAGAAUAUGGUGUCAGAUGAAGUAAAGAAAAAAAAAGUUAAAUAUAAAACUAUAAAAUGGAUAAGGGGUCUUCUUAAAGGUGGUUCAUAAACGCCAGCAAACACCAAAUUCCUCUGUUCAUUCCUCUGUUAGUGACAUCAGUGUUUGAUUAAAAGUUUUUUUUUUUUUUUAAACUCAUUUAUUAAUAAAUGAUUAAAUAUUUUUACCUAUAGGAAUUGGAAUAAACAGAAUAAACACUGUGCUAACCAGAUGUUAUAUAUAUGCGUAUGGCGUUAUAGUAUGUCCCAAAGCUUGCCUACUCUUCUACUACACACUCAAAAGUGUGUACUCUUUCUUCACCAAAAAAGUUAAUACUUUAAAGGGCUUAGUAUAAGUAGGCACCAUAGUACGAUGCAUUGUUGUGGAAACUAACUAGCCUUAGGCAUUUAUGCACAUGCGCACUCUUCAAAAUCGGCGCUUAUUGAGUAUGGACUAAAAUUUAUUGAUUAAAAUGUAUAUAUUUAAAUAGAAUGGAAGAUUUCACUUCAUGAUAGCUUGCUUAUUGUGCCCAAGAGCAUAAUUUAGUCCAUGUCUUACUAAAAAGAAACUAUGCUUCUAACCACAGGUGGAGAGCUGUAGUUCCUACCACGUAAGUUUGUGACUCUGUUGGCGAAUGUUCAUUUGAACUGUGGUUUCGGGAAACACAGAAUCGUUAAACUAUGCUGGUAACCACGGAACUUGUAGCGAUCAUAGUUGGCUAACGAUGCUUUUGGGAAAGGCACCCCUGCUUGCCUGUGUUUUGUAAGUGUCGAAUUACACCCUAUUUUCACGCUCAUUUUGGACAGAAUAAUUGUUGAUGUGAUCUGGUCACAUUGGUUAGCGUUAACUACAGGCUGUGUACGAUUGUAGAGCAGCGUCUCAGCUCGUGCAUCAAUACAGAAUGUGGCAUGGGUUCAUUUUACAAUAGUGUCCGGCAGGGUUCAUAAAAUCCCAAUUUCACAGUCAGAGCUCAAUGUUUUCUCAUCCUUUCCCUAAUUAUUUAUUCUAGUGAUUAUUUUGAAAAGCACCGUCCUUAAAUUACACGUUAAUUCCAAUAAAAAUCAACUGUAAAAAUAAUUUGUCAUAUUUACUAACAGAAAGUAGUAGAUCUAGUUAUGGUAGUACAGCAAAACUAUUUUUAAUUUUGCUGAUGUUGAUACUUUCAUAUUGAUUUGCUGUUCACAGUUUCAGUACACUUUCAUGAUUUUGUGCUUAUCGUCAUUGAAGCUCAUUUUAUACCUGAUUAUACUUCCUCUGUGGCCAUAUAAACACUGCACAGUUUUAGGUGUCUAUGUUUUGAUUUCUUGUGGAUCCCUGUGAUUUAACCAAAUACCAAUUUAACCAAUCUUGAUUCUUUGGUAUUUGCUGGUUUGAACAUAAGUAAAAUUAGCAACAAGAGAUGUAUUAAUUAUUAUAAGAGCUGGUUAUUUUUAUUUUUUAAAUAAGGGUUUUCAGGCUUUUGAAUGUUAACUGUAAUCAAUGUGAAUAUAUUUUAAAAUGUAAUUUAUUUCUGUGAUCAAAGCUGUAUUUUCAGCAUCAUUACUCCAGUCUUCAGUGUCACAUGAUCUUCAGAAAUCAUUCUAAUAUGAUGAUUUGCUGCUCAAGAAACAUUUCUGAUAAUUAUCAAUGUUGAAAACAGUUGUGCUGUUUAAUAUUUUUUUGGAAAUCGUGAUAGAUUUUCCUCAGUAUUCUUUUCCCAUACUUUUAAAUGGUGGUGUGUUUUUUUUAAUGCAUAAAAAUCAGAAGGAAUAAUGUACAAUCACCAGGUCAUUAUUGCAAAAUAAGCUUGAUAAAAAUCAGAAGAACCUAUUUUUUUUUUGCUGAUGAUGUUACUUUUAAACAUCUCACUAUCCUGAGACUGCAGGGCUGAUGGGAGAAAUGAUGGUUUGGAGAAAAACUGGCGUCAGAAUGAGUCAAGACACGAACAGAUAUGUCAUUCUUUAGAAGAUAGUUUCCAAAAGAGAGUGACACCACUGCAUUAACAGUUACGUCACACUGUACUAAUUCUGUUAACACUAUGUGGGUUUGAAGUGGAUUCAUUUUUUAUGGGUUUGGAUUUAAUAUUUUGUACAAUACAGUUGAGAUUCCUAUAAAUAACUGAUCUGUGUUUACGGGAGAAGAUGUGUUUUAUAGAUAAGAGAAUGAGUGAAUUAUUAAACCUGCUGUUGACUGCAUUCACUCAACCUCUCAUGUGUAUCAUUUUGUGAACCAUUGCUUAUGUAUGGAUACAAUAUAAUUUGUAAAACACAUUUGAGUCCAACAUGCACAGAGAGAACACAGUCUACCACAGCACAGCAUAACAGUAGUGAUCAGUAAACAUGCAUCCUCACCCGCACACUCGUCAGAAAUCAUGCUACUUUUCCUCAUCAUCAGACCCUUCAGCCCUGCUGUUAUUUAUAGCUCCAGCACAGCAUCAAACUGCAGGCUGCAGCCUCGUGCCCCAGAGCAUGAUGGAUGUAAAUAAAGCGCAUCGCUCUAUCGCUCCAUUCACACACGCGUGUUCAGCCCAGCCCCCCCUCCACCCGUCUGCCCGCUCGGCCGGCCCGCAGAUGGAGUGAGCGCAGCGGCUGUAGUGAUGAGACUUGCUACAGUAAUGAAUAAGCACAAACAGAGCACCGUGUCCUAGCAGCCUGCAGGAAACCGCACGCGCCGUCUCCAUGUAGGUCAGAGCCGAGCAUCUGGCCGGACGGUAGGACACAUCAGGAGUUCGUCCACACGCACCGCCGACCGACUCUCAUGGGCUCCGUAAUGUCCAGCUGCUUUUCCCAGCCAGGCCUGUCCUACGCCGAGCAAGCGUCCUUCCACAGCGAUGCAGGGCUGAAGGACUGGGACUCAGACAUGGAUGGUGUGGAGUGUCUUAAGGACACAGAUGUUCUCCACAACGGCAGCCAAAGAGACCAGGAAGCUGCCCGACGUCUGGCCAGACGGCUCUUCCACCUGGAGGGCUUCCAGCGCUCGGAUGUCGCCAAACAUCUGGGAAAGAAUAAUGACUUCAGUAAGAUGGUUGCAGAAGAGUACCUCAAAUUCUUUGAGUUUACGGACAUGACAUUGGACCAAUCACUCAGAUGUUUUCUGAAAGCAUUCUCACUAAUGGGCGAGACUCAGGAGAGAGAGCGGGUGUUAAUUCAUUUCUCUAAUCGGUAUUAUCAGUGUAAUCCCACCGUCAUCACUGCACAAGAUGGAGUUCAUUGUGCCUUACAUGUGCGCUAAUGCUGCCUCAACACAUGACCUUCAUGGCCCAG